AUGACAUCUUCAUCAUCAAACUCAGGGUCACUGCGCUUUCGUGGAGACGCAGCUAGCUUUUCACCUAGCCAAUACCCAAACUACCACCAGCAACAGUUUCACCCACAACAAUAUAUGGCACAGCAGAUUCCUGCACAACAACAGUUUUACUAUCAGUUUCCUCAGACAUAUCCCAUGAUGAUGAAUCAGAUGUAUCCGGUGUUUCCCUAUCCGCCAGAUCCCUUUUUUCAACAACAACAACAACAACAACAGCAACAACAACAGCAACAACAAUUUGUAAUGCAGCCGCAGUAUAUCUAUCAUCCACCGCCAAAACCUCCCAAAACUAAUAAACCACCAAAAGUGAAUGGCAGUGCACCACCACCAAAAAUCGAAUUAGUGGAUCUCCCCUUGUACAUUAAUACUUCGAAAACCGAAUUUCUUCAAAGAUACAGCAUAACCCAAGAGUCACGUUCUAUAGACGAGCUUCAACGAGCCAAUACAUUAGAGGAAUACAACGAAAACACUAAUAGAUUAAUUAUCAGCACUAAUGUCAUGAAAAUAAUAGAUGAAAAUGAUCACAAAACUACCAUUACAAAUGGACAACCCGAAGAACCCAAACCCGCUGCCAAAGCUGUAGCACCACCUGUGCCUAUUAGUAAUUGGGCCAGUUUCCUUCAAUCAACUGCACCACCAACCCCAAAAAAGAUAGCUAAACCCAAACCACCACCAACUCCUCCAACCCCAGUCCAGGCAGUAACACCAGUUCCGCAAUUUGAUAUGAGCAACGAAUCUGCACAGCCUUUGGGGACAUUAUUGCUCAAAAUCAUGUUUGAUAGCAACUACUCUGUUUUCAGCAGCUUGCCAACAUUUGAUAUAAAACCUAGAGGAUUGACUAACACCGGCAACAUUUGUUAUAUGAAUUCUAUAUUACAGAUUUUGAUCCACUGUGAGCCAUUCAAUAGAUUGCUAAAACUUAUAGAGACCAAGUCCAUAGGAAGUUUGGGCCCAUCUUCGACGCCAUUACUAGAUGCCACCAUAAUUUUUUUCAAUCAGUUUCAAGAGAAUGUUAAGGGCGCUAUUCUGCCCGAAAGUUUCUAUGCCAGCUUGACCAAGCUUGACAAGUUUUCACAUUUGAAAUGGGGACAACAGGAGGAUGCCGAAGAGUUUUUGGGGUACUACCUUGAUGGACUUAAUGAAGAGUUUUUAGGGGCUAUCAAACAAUUGAACACGCCCCAAAUCGAUUCCUUGAUACAGGUAUAUGCACAAGACCACGAUGCUGAAGCCACUGCCAAGUUCAAGUUUAAUGUCAAAUCUACUAUCAAGAGAAUCAAGAACGAUGCUGAGGCCGACGACGGCGAAUGGAACCAGGUGAAUAAGAAAAAGAAUAGCACAACCACCAAAAUAGAAAUCGACCCGACCCCGCUAAAUAUGAUUUUUGGCGGUGAGUUCAAGUCCGUGGUUACUAUACCCAAACAAUCGUCGUCGUUCCAGAAAUCCAUAACGCUAGACCCUUUCCAACACGUGCAGUUGGAUGUAUCGUCAGCAGACACUAUUGAAGAUGCAAUCAAGCAUUUGAAUGAGUCGGAAAGCAUAAGUUAUACAAACAACAAUAAAGAGAUCCAAGUGAAGAAGCAGACGUUUAUUGAAAAGUUGCCUAAUGUAUUGAUAAUACAUCUAAAACGAUUCAGUUACUUGAAAGACCAGGAGAUUGGGGUGGAGAAGUUGAGGAAGAAAGUGGAUUAUAACCACGAUUUAAUAAUACCGAAAGAGGUAAUGGCAAGGGAUACGGGGAUGCCGAUCAAAUACCAGUUGGUGUCGGUUGUUUACCACCACGGAAGUAGUGCAGAUGCUGGACAUUAUACCAGUGACAUAUACAAUGCAGGCCAAUGGUGGAGAAUAGAUGAUACUGCUGUGAAGCAGAUACAGAAUGAAGAGGUUUUGAAUGCUGGCACAGAGGAGAAUAUAAAGAAUGCGUAUAUAUUAUUGUAUAGGAGAAUCUAA